GACAACUUCAAGUCUGGUCCUUGCGAAUGGCUUUGCACUAUCUCUCGUACAUCUCAACGCCAAAAAGUGCACCCUCAUCUCCUAAGGUCCUCUAUCAGCCCAUCUUGUUUCGCCGGCUUUUUGGCGCCGUAGUAGAUCCCAAUCGGCUCCCAUAGUUAUCCGACCGACUACUAGUAUUUACCCCGCAAUUCAGCGACCAUCUCAGCCACGACAUAUAACAACUUCGACGGAGACAGAAAAAGAGAAAGACAACGGAUCAGAUUCACGCACACGGACAAAGAGAUAGGCAUCACAAUCAUCGAUCAAAAUGUCCAAGCCAAUCCCCAUCGUCGAUUCGCACAUCCACCUCUUCCCCGAAUCUCACCUCCCCACCCUGGCCUGGCACCGCUCCGGAAAUCCCCUGGGCGCCCAGCACUCCGUCGACGAGUACCGGCAGGCUACCUCCUCGACGCCGACCACUCCAAGUACCGAGGAAGCGCAUUACCUCCGGGGCUUCAUCUUCGUGGAGACCGACCGUAUUUCGUCAGUGGACGAGUCCGACCCCAAGCUCGGCUGGUCCCACCCCCUCGACGAGGUCUCCCUCCUGACUCGAAUUAUCGCCGGAGCUCCCGUUGCGGGAGAGGGUCAUUCAGAGAGCGAUCGCCAUUUAUGUCUUGGGAUGGUGCCGUGGGCGCCUGUGCCCCGUGGUCCGGACGCCCUGAAGAAAUACAUGGGGUUGGUGCGGGAGAGAACCGGGGAUUUAUGUGACAAGGUCUGCGGCGUGCGGUAUCUGGUGCAAGAUAAGCCGCCAGGGAUGAUGCUGGAGGCUGGAUUUGUGGAGGGGUUGCGAUGGCUUGGUGGGCAAGGGUUGGCGUUCGAUCUCGGGGUCGAUGCUCGGCAGGGCGGGAUGUGGCAGUUGAGGGAGGCGGCGGAGAUGAUGAAGAAGGUGUUUGAGGGGGAGAAUGCCCGUGCCGUGACGAUUGUUAUCAAUCACUUGUGCAAACCAAACCUACGGCUGCCGUAUCAUGGUCCGGCAUCUAUUGCUACGCAUUCGGAUUUUCUGGAGUGGUCGUCUCUGGUCACGGCCAUGGCGCAGUAUCCUACGGCGUAUAUGAAGCUCUCGGGGGGGUUUUCGGAGCUGCUGCCCCUCGAGGAGGCGACGGAGCCAGAUGUGAAGGCGCUGGUGGACAGAAUCCAGCCAUGGACUGACGUGGUGUUUGACGUCUUUGAGCCACAUAGAGUCAUGUUUGGUUCGGACUGGCCCGUGUGUAAUGUGGGUGGUGGAGGCAAUGCGGUCUCAUGGGGACGAUGGAAGAGGGUCGUGGAGGAGAUCAUGGACAGAAGAGGCUUGUCCCACGCUGAGAGAGAAGGGGUCUGGGGCGGGGUCGCGGUCAAGGCUUACGGUGUGAAGGUUUGAAAGUGCUACCAUAUUCGAGGUCGGCGGUGCUUACAAGUACUAAUAACAUACUAUGCGCUAUAUGCCAAUUGCCAGUUCGAUUAGAGUACAGUAGCCCAAUUAUUGGAGAUUCACAAAC